AUGCAGAGGUCACGUAAAGCUCUUCUACAAAAGAGAGCAAUUAGGGGGAGGAACCGGCUCUAUAAGGUCUCUGUUUCCGCUGUUGUAGUCCUAUGGGGCCUUGUCUUCCUAUUAAAUACAUGGAUCGGCCAUGGAGAUGUUCAGAAGGACAAACAAGAAGACUAUUCUAUCAAUGCAACAAGAUGGGUUGAAGAUGAAGUAACACUUGAUUGCGGAGCCAAUUACGCAUUAUCUAUGGAUGGGCAUCUAUUUGAAGGAAUUGCCACUGAAGAUUAUUCCGCCCAGACAUCCUUAUCUUGUGAUGGAACAAAUCUUAGCACGAACGAGCCAGAUACUCGUUCGAUGAAAGUUACUGCAGAAUCCGCUACCGACGAAGCUUCCAUAAAGAAAAGUUUGCUGGCUAAUAUGGUAGAGGAGAAUCCCAAAAUCGACAGGUUGUCCCGUGGAGUGCCACCUGGACUAGAUGAGUUCAAGAAUCAUGCAAUUAAUUCCAGAAGUAAAUAUCUAACGGGACGGGCUGGAGGCAUUAUACACAGAAUCGAACCUGGAGGGGAGGAAUACAAUUAUGCGUCUGCUUCUAAAGGAGCAAAGGUCCUAUCCUACAAUAAGGAAGCAAAGGGUGCUUCUAAUAUCUUGAACAGUGAUAAAGACAAGUACCUUCGAAACCCUUGCUCGGCCGAAGAGAAAUAUGUGGUGAUAGAGCUUUCUGAAGAAACCCUGGUGGACACUAUUGAAAUUGCAAAUUUCGAGCACCAUUCGUCUAAUUUGAAAGAUAUAGAGUUAUUAGGCAGCCCUGUUUAUCCUACCGACUCAUGGUUCAAACUCGGGAAUUUCACUGCUGCUAAUGUAAAGCAAGCUCAGAGGUUUGUUCUUCCGGAGCCGAAAUGGGUGAGGUAUUUCAAAUUGAACCUGCUUAGUCAUCAUGGAUCAGAGUUUUAUUGCACGCUGAGUGUUUUGGAAGUGUAUGGUGUUGAUGCCGUUGAGAAAAUGCUCGAGGACAUGGUUUUAGAUGGGAAAAGGGCUAAUAUAAGCCCAUCCACAAAAACUGAAGGGUAUGAAGUUGUUGUGGAUGAACCUGAUUUGACAAAUGAGUCACCAGACGUGACACGUGGAAGGAUGGAAAUUGAGGUGCCUGACCCGGUUGAGGAAAUUCGUCUUCAACAUGUUAAUAGGAUGCCUGGGGAUAGUGUACUUAAGAUUUUGAUGAAAAAAGUGAGGUCUUUGGAUUUGAAUUUAUCAGUGCUCGAGCGAUACUUAGAGGAAUUGAAUACCCGAUAUGGUGACAUUUUCAAAGAAUUUGAUAAAGAUGUUGGGGAUAAUUAUGUGGUUCUGGAGAGGACUGUGUCAGAUGUUAAGGGACUUUCUGAUAGCAUAGAGGACAUGAGCAAGGAGAUCGACGAUCUUGUGACUUGGAAAUUUCUUGUUUCUACUCAGCUGGACAGUAUGCACAAAGAGAACUCCCUACUCAGAUCGGAGGUUGAAAAGAUUCAGAUGAAUCAAUUACAUCUGGAGAACAAAGGAAUAGUUAUUUUUCUCGAAAUUUUGUUCGCUGAGAUCAUCCUGGCUUUACCUUCUACUUAG